ACAUAAACAUUUCAGAAGGCAGAAUUGACCUUCAAUUAAUCCCCAGUCAGUGAACCCCUUCACCUUGUCAAAAUUAUUGCAAAUUCUCCACAUCUAAGGCCAUUCUUGGCGAUUACAAUAGUAGAACAUGCACCUCUCUUGGCAAGUCAAAUAUCAACUGGCAGCAACUAUCUUCAGCAUCAUCACCCUUUCCGAAGUUAGAUGCUUUUACUUCAAUUUCUCUACUUUCCAACCACAAGACGAAGCUAAUUUGAUACUGAGCCAGAAUUCAAAAAUAUACUUAGAUGCUAUCCAAGUAACCCCUGAUAUUCGAGGGUCAAUUCAUAGUUAUUCUGGACGUGCUUUUUACAACAAGCCAUACAAACUUUGGAGCAUGAAGAAGAACCAAACUGCAAACUUCAACACCACUUUUGUGCUCAACAUCAACCCUCAAACUUCACCUGGUGGAGAAGGCUUGGCCUUUAUCUUAACCUCAGAUAUCACUCUCCCAGAAAACUCUUCAGGAGAGUGGCUAGGCAUUGUGAAUGCUACCAACAAUGGAACUUCACAAGCUAGGAUCUUUGCAGUGGAGUUUGACACAAGAAAAAGUUUCCCAGAAGAUGGUCCAAACAACCAUGUUGGAAUUAACAUAAAUAGCAUCAACUCCAUCCAACAAGUCCCAUUGAUAAACACUGGGAUCAACAUUUCAUCAGGUGAUAAUGUAACAAUUAAAAUUCAGUAUUCCAAUGAUAUAAUAUCUGUUUUUGGUUUCAUGAGCGCAACUUCAGAAGAGUCUAUGAAAACCCUUUUGGUAUCUCCACCUCUUAACCUCUCUUCCUAUCUUCAAGAAGAGGUUUACCUUGGUUUCUCAGCCUCCACGAGUAACUACACGGAGCUGAACUGUGUAAGAGCAUGGGAAUUCAAUGGUGAUGUUAUUGCAAAUGGUGAUAACAAUCUAUUGUGGGUUUAUGUCACUGUUUCAAUUGUGAUUCUUAUCAUCAUAGGUGGGAUGGUGAGUUUGUUCUUGCUUUGGCAAAGGAAACGCAAUAUGGAGAAGCCAGAAGAUGCAUAUCCAAGAAUAGAGGAUCAGAUUCAAUAUUCCUCUAUGGCUCCAAAGAAAUUUAGGCUAAGGGAAAUAAGAAAAGCAACAGGUGGAUUCAACCCUCAAAACAAGCUUGGACAAGGUGGGUUUGGAACUGUGUAUAAAGGGCUAUUGGAAAACAAGGAGGUAGCUGUGAAGAGAGUUUCAAAAAACUCACGUCAAGGGAAGCAAGAAUUUGUAGCAGAAGUAACAACAAUUGGAAGCCUUCACCACAGAAAUUUGGUGAAACUCACUGGUUGGUGCUAUGAGAAUAAAGAGCUUGUCCUUGUAUAUGAAUUCAUGCCACAUGGAAGCCUAGACAAGUACCUAUUUGGUGAUGAAAAUUUUGGUGAUUUUAAUAUUAAUAACCUUGAAAGGGGGUAUCCUUCAACACUGAAUUGGGAAACUAGGCACGGUGUGAUUCAUGGAGUGGCUCAAGCAUUGGACUAUCUUCACAAUGGUUGUGAAAAGAGGGUGCUUCACAGAGACAUCAAGGCAAGCAACAUAAUGUUGGACUCAGAAUACAAUGCAAAGUUGGGAGAUUUUGGUUUGGCUCGUACCAUUCAGAAGAGGAAUGAAACUCACCAUUCCACAAAAGAGAUUGCAGGCACACCAGGGUACAUGGCUCCAGAAACCUUUCUCACUGGGAGAGCAACAGUGGAGACUGAUGUGUAUGCGUUUGGGGUUCUUGUGUUGGAGGUUGUGUGUGGAAGGAGGCCAGGGAAUCUGCAUGCACAAGAUGACUAUAAAAACAGCAUUGUGUACUGGGUUUGGGAGCUUUAUGGGAAGGAUAAAAUAGUUGGUGCUGUGGAUAAAAGGUUAACGAACGAAGUGAUUAAAGAGGAAGAACUGGAGGUUGUGCUUAUGCUUGGAUUGGCUUGUUGCCAUCCAAAUCCACACAAAAGGCCAUCUAUGAGAAGUGUUCUUCAAGUUCUCAAUGGAGAAACACCACCACCUGAGGUGCCUACGGAAAGACCUGCUUUUGUGUGGCCAGCUUUGCCCCCAUCAUUCAAAGAAAAUGAAGAUUGCUCCUUAAUUCAGGGAUCACUCACUCCAUUUACUGAUCUCACCGGCAGAUGAUGAAAUCAUUUGCAUAUGUGUGUAUGUUUCUGUCGUUGGUUCACAUAGAUUUGUUGUACACAACCUUGCGCAAAUUUUGUUGCAUUCAAUUUGUGUAUGUAUAGGUUAUGUUGCUGCAUAAACGAUUGCUAGCAUGUAUUUGAAACACGUUUUAGGAUAAUUUUAUGUAUGAUUGAAGGCUAGUUAAGUUUCAGUUUAGACUCAUUAACUAUAGUUGAUGUAUUUCUAUUUUCGGCUUUUAACCAGCUUGUACUUCAUGUAUUUCUUGUAUAUAUAGCACAUAAUAUAUCAUUCUCAGGUCAAGAAAAUAAAAUCAGAAGUCUUUUGUU